CUCAUCUAUAACCUCUCUCUUUUCAAAUUUGUUACUCCCAAAUAAGAAUAAGAGUUUCCUCCCAUUUUCCUCUUUCAUUUUGAGAACAUUCUCUUCCCCUUCCCUUCAAACUUCCAAACAUACCCUUAGGGGUGAUGUAUGUAAAAGGAAAAUUGCAAAUCUAGUAGGGUAUGAUUUGAGACCAAAAUGAGUUGAGGUUUUUAACUUUCGUCACAAACUUUCUCGCAAUCAAGAUGAGCACGUACUUAACAAAUUGAUUUACUCCCCGUACAUGCCAGGUACGUAAUUCCAAGGAUGAAAACCAGCAGUCAUCAAUAAAUAAGGCAACUGAUCGAUCGAGAGAGCCGCUUCAUAUACUGUCACUCAAUUGGUUCGGUCUAUAUAUAUCUAAACACGUGCCAUGCAUUUGUGAUUCCCUUAGGUUUGAUAAAAAAAAAAAAAAAAGUGGUGAUAUAAUGGGCAGUUCUGGUCAAAGUAGCAAUAUCAUCAAAAACCACGACUUCAAAGGUGGGUUACAAAAGUGGUACGCAAAUUGCUGCAAAGCCUUUGUGGAUAGUAGUAGUGGCUGUGCUUAUGCUGUGAUCACGAAUAGAAGGGAAUCGUGGCAAGGCCUAGAGCAGGAAAUCACUGGUCGUGUCUCGAAAGGUCACAUUUAUUCGAUCCAGGCUUUUGUGACGGUCUCCGGCAAACUUCCGGCGGUGACUAGCGCAGUUCAGGCCACCCUCAGGCUGUCAUACAAACGUUCCGCUACGUGCUAUCUUUCUAUCGGGAGAAAGACCGUUAAGCCGAACUGCUGGGAAGCUCUGGAAGGCACCUUUUCACUGUCCACAAAUCCUGACCAAGUCAUCUUUUACCUGGAAGGUGCCGAACCUGGCGUAGACAUACUCGUUAAAUCUGUCACCAUUUCGCCUUCCUCUCCGGCCCUAAAAUCUGACCAUACAAAAGCCAGCGAUCAAAAGAAGAAAGAAGGGAUUGAAAGGAAACAUGAAAAACAUCAUCUUCAAGUUGCUAAUAAUAUAAUACUUAACUAUGACUUCCACCAAGGUUUUCUUGGGUGGGAAACCAAUGGUUGUCAAGGAAACGUGGUGAAAGGAGAUUCUGGCAGCUCAUACGCUGUCAUUACAAACCGUGGGAUAAAUUACCACGGCUUGCUGCAAGAUAUCACCAAUCGUGUUUGUCAAGGUUGCCCUUAUUCAGUGGAAGCUUGCGUUAGAGUUUCAGGUAACAUUGUGGGAUUUACAGAUAUCCAAGCCACACUCAGAUUGGAGUACAAAAACUUGGAUACUCAAUAUCACUUUAUUGGCAGGAAACCUGUUUCGACAAACAAUUGGGAAAUAUUGGAAGGCACUUUCACCUUGUCUACUAAACCGGAUAGGGUAUUGUUUUUUCUAGAAGGGCUUUCUGGUGGAGUAGAAAUGCUCGUAAAAUCAGUCAUAAUCUCAUAUGUCUUCCCGUCCCUUGUUAUGUGAUGUGAGGAGUGGAUUAAAUUCUAGACUUUCUCCUAUUUUAUCCAUGUCUUCUUUAAUUGGAAUUACUUUAUAUAGAAUUGCCCAAGAUAUAGUCCCUAAUAUAUUUUGAG